AGGCCCAUGCGGCGUGGACGUAGCGAGCGACGCGCGCGCUUCUCUGCGCGCUCUGUGAAGUUCCAAACGGAUUUCUUCGCCGGCGACGCGUUGGAUAUUCGUCUCUGAUUUCAAGAAUCCACUAAAGCCAUCUACUGCAGAAUUGAAGCAGUGCCAGUGCUCUUUUGGCCAACGAUGGAGGCCGCCACCCAUGCGACGGAUGAGAUCGGCUCUGGAUCUUCACACGCAACGGCUGUCAGUCAAGAAGAAUUAUCGAAUGCAUCUGACCGAUGCAGGGCCAAGUCAAAAGGCAAGCUGGAGUGCAAAAUUUGCAAGAACAAGUAUGCGACUCGCAUUACUCUCAGGAUUCAUAUGCGUACCCAUUCCGAGAAGCCGUUCGCGUGCACAGUCUGCAGCAAAACGUUCAGUCUAAGGGCUAACCUCAGAUAUCAUCUCGAAACCCAUUUCGAUUUAGCCGAGACGCCCUUCGAGUGUACAGUAUGCAACAAAAAGUUUAGAACAUCAAGCUGUCUAAAAUCACAUACAAAUUCUCACACGAAACCUUUUGAGUGCGCACUAUGCAGUAAGAAGUUCAGCAGCAAAAGUCAUCUCACCAAGCAUCUUUGGGUCCAUGGAGGGGUGAAGCUCUUCGAGUGCGCAGUUUGUCAUAAAGCAUUUCGGACCAGUGGUGAUGUCACAAUUCAUCUUCGAUCCCACACAGGGGAGAAGCCUUACGAGUGUACGGUUUGCAGCAAGAAGUUUAGUCAGAGCACACAUCUGAAUACUCAUCUUAAAAUCCACGCGGGCCAAUCCAAACGGGAGUGCAAUGUUUGCAAAAAGAUGUUUCAACAUCGAUAUCUUAAGAAUCACCUUCGGACCCAUACAGGAGAAAAGUCGCCCGAGUUCGAGUGCACUUUUUGCAGCAAGAAAUUAGGUUCUGCACAGGCUCUGAAGAUACAUAAUCGAAUCCACACUGGGGAGAAGCCCUAUGUGUGUUCAGUUUGCGACCAAACAUUCAGACAUUUAGACCCAUUCAGGAGUCAUCUUCGCAAGCAUUCUGAUGCCGAGGAGGUAGAGAAAACUUGGGACUGCACAGUUUGUGAUAAGAAAUUUAAAACAGGAGCAACCCUUAAAGUUCAUCUCUUGACCCAUCAAGAGCGAGAGAAGACUUUCGAGUGUGCAGUCUGCGGGAAAAUGUUUCAUAGCAGCGGAAACCUGAGAGCUCAUUCCAGGACCCAUUCAGAGGUCAAACCCUUCGAGUGUAACGUUUGCAAUAAGGGCUUCAGAGAUAAAAGAGAUCUCACAAUUCACCUCGUAACCCAUACCACCGAGAAGCCUUUCGAGUGCUCAGUCUGCGCCAAAAAGUUUAGUAGGGCACCUUUGCUCAGAUUGCAUGUGGUGCAGUGCCAUACGGAGAAGAGACCGUAUGAUUGUUCAGUCUGCAAGAAAACGUUUAAGAGAUCAGAGCACCUAAAAAUUCAUUCCUGGACCCAUACAGGAAAGAAGCCUUUUGAAUGCAAACUUUGUAAUAAGCUCUUCAAGACGAGCACGGAGGUCAAGUCUCAUCAUAUUCGGAUCCAUUCAGAAGAGAGGCCCUUCUUGUGCACUGUUUGCAAGAGGAGGUUUAGUGCGUCCUUUGAACUCAGAAAACAUCUUGGAGUCCAUCUUCGAAAAUAUACAGGGCAGAAGUUUGAGUGCACCGUUUGCAACAAGAAAUACAGUUCGGAGAAAUAUCUCAAGAUUCAUCUUCAAACUCAUACUGGGGAAAAGCCUUUGUAAAUAUGCUCAUUUCAUUUUGGUCGAUUAGGUUUAUAGAGAUAAAGAAUGAUUGACUUUAUUAGCGGUCAGUUAUCUCAGCAGUGGCUCAUUUUACCCUGACUUUGUCCUGUUAAGAUAUAUAUGUGUCAGAAUGAUUAAUAUUACAAUAAAUACAAGAAACAGUUCAAAAAGUGGGUUGUGAAGAUGGGAGUUCCAUUUCAUAGAUGAGUUCUGGUAACUGUAAAUGUGUCUUCACAGAAUUUCUUUCCUUCUAAUUCUGUAUUUCAUGUUCUUUUUGUUAAACAUUUACGUGACAAUAUCUUUUUGAAUAUAAUUUGAAUGUGAGGCGCCUUAAGUUAAAUGAGAUUUAUAUUCUGACGAUUGCCGAAGGUUAUUUUUUAUCUGUUAAAAACUGUAUAGCAAAAUAUCUGGCCAAUAAAAUUAAAACUAACACUAA